AUGGACGGUCCUGAUCAAAUUGGCCCUGAUUAUAGGCCGAAACGUACUCUCACAGAUCAACUUCGACGCAUCAAGAAUAAAUGGACGACCAAAGAAGGUCUCAUCGGCGACUAUGACUAUGCAUACCUUUUCACUCCGAGGCUACCUUUCACCAAGCAAGCCCGCAAAGUGGCACCUUUCUUCGGCUUGAAUGAUAGCAUGCCAAUCCUAUUAGCAUUUAUCCUGGGCUUGCAACAUGCACUUGCAAUGUUGGCUGGCGUGAUUUCACCACCACUCAUUCUAGGUGGAUCUGAAGGUGUUAACCUCUCAGAAGACCUCCAUCAAUACCUUGUAUCGACUUCCCUGAUAGUAUCUGGCCUGCUGAGCGCGGUCCAAAUGUACAGAUUCCACAUCAAAGGAACAAAGUAUUAUAUUGGAACCGGUCUGCUUUCCGUCGUUGGCACAUCUUUCUCCACAAUCACCGUUGCAACCUCUGCUUUUAGUCAGAUGUAUAAAUCGGGCUAUUGCCCCCUCGACGCUAGUGGAAACAGACUUCCCUGCCCAAAGGGCUACGGAGCUCUCCUCGGAACUUCGUGUCUUUGUGCUCUGCUUGAGAUCGGUCUCUCCUUUAUGAGCAGUAAAGCUCUCCGUCGCAUCUUCCCUCCGCUCGUCACUGGUCCUACUGUGCUUUUGAUCGGUGCUUCGCUCACUCAAUCUGCUAUGGAGGACUGGGCCGGUGGCUCAGGCUGUAUGAGCUCAGGAGCAUUGUGUCCCGAUUCGUCUGCACCGCACGCUUUGCCAUGGGGUAGUCCCCAGUUUAUCGGCUUAGGUUUCCUUGUCUUCGUGACAAUCAUCCUAUGUGAGCGAUUUGGCCCGCCAAUCCUGAAGAGCUGCGCCGUUAUCGUGGGACUGCUGGUUGGAUCAAUUGUCGCUGCGGCAUGCAACUACUUCGAAUCAUCAGGUGUCGAAUCAGCACCCGUUGCUUCUUUCGCCUGGGUCCACACUUUCCCAUUGCAUGUCUACCCACCGCUCAUCCUGCCGCUAAUGGCCCUGUACAUCGUUAUCAUGAUGGAGUCCAUGGGUGACAUCACCGCCACAUGCGAUGUCUCAAGACUGCAGGUCGAGGGAGCGACAUUCGACUCCAGAAUUCAAGGCGGUAUUCUCGGCAACGGUCUCAUCGGCGUCAUAGCCGGCCUAAUGACAAUCAGCCCGAUGUCCGUCUUCGCGCAAAACAACGGCGUCAUCGCCCUGACACGCUGCGCAAACCGCAACGCAGGCUACUGUUGCUGUUUUUUCCUUGUCGUUAUGGGUGUUUUUUCCAAGUUCGCCGCUGCCAUCAUCGCAAUCCCCAGCGCCGUGCUAGGCGGUAUGACCAGCUUCCUCUUCAGCAGCGUCGCCAUCUCUGGUAUCCGCAUCAUCUCUACAAUCGACUUCACUCGUCGCAACCGCUUUGUUCUUACUGCUAGCUUCUCGCUUGGAAUGGGUAUUACCCUUUUGCCUUCUUGGUGGAGUAAUUUCUUCACAUAUGACGGCAACAACCAUUCGCUUAUUGGAUUGCUGGAUGCUGUUGACCUGGUCAUGACUAAUGGAUUCGCUGUCUGUGCACUGCUGGGUGUUGUUCUUAAUCUUAUUAUUCCUGAUGAGUUGGAUGAGCUUCCCGAUAUUUACGAGGGGAGUGAGGCAGGUGAUAUUGAGAGGGUUCAGCAGACUGCUACUUUGCCUACUCCAUCUGGAAAGACAGAGGGAGUUAAUUAG